AUGAAUUCCUUCUUUCUUAUUCUCGUUCUCGUCGCUCUCAUGUGCUUGUCCCUCGUCGAAGCUGCCGAUCCAGAUUUCGGAGGAAUCUUCUCUGGAGUCGGCGGACUUAUGGGAUCCAUCGGAGGAUUGGCUGGAGCCGGAGGAAAGAAAAAGUAA